UAAUUCACUUUCUCGCUAAAAAAAAAAAAUCACUUACAGAUCGUUAGAACAAGAAAAAAAUCUAAAUCGAGUUUGAAGAGUUGCAGCUUUGUUGCGGCGGUUGUUUUGUGUGUGUGUUUGGGUUAUGGUAAUUGUCCGAAGAAAAACAAAACAAAGAUGGUAGCGGAAGCUGAGGUUGUUUGUCAACAAAGGGUGCCGGUGUUAGAUGUUCCAUAUUUCGGUAAAGGAAGUAACAUCGAGGAGAUUGAUGAAAUUGUUGCGGUUUCGUCGCCGGUUUCUUCACCCAAGCUCGGAAAAGUUGGCCUUCCCGCCGAUCUACCCACACCUCAACUGGAUGUGAAAUCUGUGGAAAAAAUCACAGAUCCGAGUAUUGGAACUACUACGGUGGUGCAAUUUGUUCCGGACAUUCGUUCAGGUAGUUUUGCUGAUAUUGGACCUAGGAGAUACAUGGAAGAUGAACAUAUUAGAAUUGAUGAUCUAUCUUCGCAUUUGGGUCCCCUUUUCAAGUUCCCUAAGCCUAGUGCUUUUUAUGGGGUGUUUGAUGGUCAUGGAGGUCCUGAAGCAGCUGCUUAUGUAAGGAAACAUGCUCUUAGAUUCUUUUUCGAAGAUGUCGAUUUUCCUCGGACUUGUGAAGUUGAUGAUGUUUUCAUGGAAGGGGUUGAGAAUUCCCUUAGUAAAUCGUUUCUUCUUGCUGAUCUUGCUCUUGCUGAUGAUUGUACUGUGAAUAGCUCUUCGGGCACUACAGCUCUUGUUGCUAUGAUAUUUGGAAGGCAUCUAAUGGUUGCUAAUGCUGGUGAUUGCCGAGCAGUGCUAUGCCGAAAAGGGGAGGCAGUUGAUAUGUCUGAAGAUCACAGACCUAUAUAUCCAUCAGAACGGAGGAGAGUAGAAGAUCUGGGUGGCUUUAUAGAUGAUGGGUAUCUCAAUGGCGUUCUAUCGGUUUCCAGAGCCUUGGGGGAUUGGGACAUGAAGUUCCCCAAGGGUUCUUCGUCGCCUCUCAUUGCAGAGCCAGAGUUUCGACAGGUGGUUCUAACAGAGGACGAUGAAUUCCUCAUCAUCGGGUGUGAUGGGAUUUGGGAUGUUAUGUCGAGUCAGCAUGCAGUUAGCAUAGUUCGAAAAGGAUUACGGCGGCACGAUGAUCCCGAACAAUGCGCUAGAGACCUCGUGAUGGAGGCCUUACGUUGCAACACAUUUGAUAAUCUCACCGUGAUCGUCGUAUGCUUUUCUUCACCUGAUCACCUGGAACAACCAUCUCCUAGGCCAAGAAGAUUGAGGUGUUGCAGCUUAUCAGCAGAAGCCCUGUGUAGCUUAAGGAGUUUAUUGGAUGCCAAUGCCAAGUGGUGAAUGUAAAUAGGAUUUGAAAGUUCAAUAGGGUUUAUAUUAUUAUCAUUACUGUUUUCGGCUGCUUCAGUUAGAGCUACAAAAAAAAAGCAGCUAGAAGUUUUGCAGGGGAUGUUUUUGUGGUGGAUUAUGGGCAGAUGUACACAGAGGAUGGUGGUGUAGAGAUGCUAUCAUUUAUGGAUUCUUUUUUUCCUUAAAAUCCAGGGUGGUUGCCCUUGUUCAUUCGUGAGAUUGUAUGUACAUAUUAUCGUCAAUAAAGGUCUCAAGUUUUGAUUUUUA